ACCGACACCGAUGACUCCCACUCGGCCGAUCGUCGUCAUCCCCACCCACCCCCGUAUGCCAAACGGUUGGCCGGCCGGUCGACCAGAUUCAGAGGCUGAGUGAUACCUGUUUUUACUGUUCGAGUUGUCUGACCGUUGAGAGCGCGCUCGGUUUUGUUGUGUGCGUAUGAAUAUUAUUGUGCAGUGUCAACAUUCUUGUCCAGGAAUUCUCUAACGUACCCAUCGAGUUCGGCGUGUACGUUUAAUCGCGUGUAUGCGGUCGGAAUCGCGUCGAAUACCUAAUAUGACUUAAGUGUGAACCAUAAGUGCUAUUACUAUCUGUUUGUGCAAAUUUUCACCGGCAGAACUGCUAAGCGUCGUGGUUGAAUCCCUUGGUGAUUUAGCAAUAUGUCGAGCGGAAGCGGUGCUAGUGGAAAGUCUGUCUCUGUCGGUGGCGAAGGCGUGAAGCCUGGUGUGGGUUCGGCGUUUGUGCCCGUCAUGCCGUCCAGCGGUUCGUUUUAUGGACAUCCAUCUAUACCGGCUCUGCCGUCGCCGUCUUCGGAUUUUUUCGCCGCAUCAAUGAUGGCCGAUAAACAUAAAGCAUUGCAGCACCAUAUAUCAAUCCAACAACAGCAGCAACAACAACAGUCUGCACCCGGAAUGUUUGUGCCCAAACACAAACCGUCAACGUCGCUUUUGCACCAACAAAACGAACUUAUGGCAAUGGCACUGGACAAGAACAAAGUCCUGCAAGCCGUGAUGCAUCAACGUGGAUAUCCUCCUCAUCCGUUUUUGUUGAAUCCUCAAUACGGAGGACAACCACAAUCUCUAUUUGCGGGUCCGGGCGCAGGACCAACUGCUUAUGGUGGUGUGAACCCAGCUUCGAGACCCAGAACGGCGGCCGUGGGUACGGGCAUAGGUCGAGCUUCCAGACCCAAAAAACAAUUCAUUUGCCGUUUUUGUAAUCGUCAGUUUACCAAGAGCUAUAAUCUACUAAUUCACGAGCGAACGCAUACCGACGAGAGACCUUAUUCCUGCGACAUAUGCAAAAAAGCUUUUAGGCGGCAGGAUCAUUUACGCGACCACAAGUACAUUCAUUCGAAGGAAAAGCCGUUCAAAUGUACAGAGUGCGGCAAAGGAUUCUGUCAGUCUCGUACUCUUGCCGUACAUAAAAUACUUCAUUUAGAAGAGUCGCCUCACAAAUGUCCCGUUUGUAAGCGUAGUUUCAAUCAGCGAAGCAACUUAAAGACUCACCUACUAACGCAUACCGACCACAAGCCUUACGAAUGCUACUCGUGUAAUAAAGUUUUCCGGCGCAAUUGUGACUUGCGCCGACACACGUUGACCCACGCGGUUGGAGACGCGCCUCCUACCCCGGUGCCUUCGUCGUCGUCCACGACGUCUACACCUUCUGCCGGUGGUCAACGGGCUCACGAUGACGAGGACGAUGAAGAUGAAGACGAUGACGAAUUGUGCUCCAUGUUGGUGCAGAAUCCAGAAUGCGAUGACGAGGACGAAGACGAGGAAGUGGACGUUGAUGAAGACGAAGACGUUGGCGAGACGGCUGUCGCCAAUUCGACCAACACUGCAGAACCCACUCAGGAAGAAAUCGAUAGUAAAGACGGGCUGAUAUCGCUGUUCCAACACCGUGGCGUGCACGAGACGAAGUGUCAUGAUGAAUCUUCGGCGUACACAAUGCGGCCCACGUCUAGCCAGUUCGAGUCGAGUCACGCACUGCUGCAAGUCAGGAAAGAUCUACACGAGCCUUUGCUCCCGUCGGCCGUGCCACCGCCAGCGUAUCAACCGCAAUACCAACCAGUCCAACCCGCCGUGCCGCCACAAAAUAAAGCACAGCCACCAAAACGCAAAGGAUUCAGCAUUGAUGAACUUAUGAGUUAAAUGCCGUUCGUUCGACUUGGAUAUCGAGCACUCAAACGACUGACUGAUAUGGACGUCGAUUUUUCACAAUAAAAAUAUAAUUAUCAUAUGUUUUUUGUGUUAAAAAAUAGUUUUGUCAUAGUUCAUUAAUUGUUUUUGCCACGAAACGUUAUUUAAGUUCGCCGUUGCCAAGUUGUCGAAUGAAAAGCGACUGAACUGUAAAUAUAUAAAA